UAACCCCCAAUAUGCUCUUUCUUCUCAAUCCAUUUCCCAUCAGUGCCCUUUUGCCACAUUCCAAUUCUUUCUUCUUCUUCUUCUUCUUUCAUACAAUCCCCACAUGCUUCCCCGCUCUAUUAGACAAACCCUUAUCGAAAAAUCCAAUGCUUCGAGCAAACAACGCUUUCCCCGCUCCGUUUUGGGAUUUUUCCGCCGCCUCUUCACUGCAAAGAAAGCUGAUGGGGGCUCGAGGACAGAGGAAGAAGAAAGAGUUUACUCAUGGUUAUAUGCUUUGGCUCGCUCUGAAAAAAACUUGGUCUUUGAGUACGUUCGUUCCACUGAAAGAGGCUUAAGUUUCUCUGAAGCAGAGAGGAGACUGAAGGAAAAUGGACCAAAUGUUCUGCGUGAGCGUACUUAUCCAAGAUGGUGGCAUCUUCUAUGGAGUGCACUUUUUCAUCCUUUCAAUAUCAUUCUGAUUGUCUUGUCAUCCUUGUCCUUCAUAACCAGUGACAUUUCAAAUGGUAGUAUCAUGCUCACGCUUGUUUUCAUCAGUGUCUCCCUUCGUUUCUGUCAGGAGUACAGCAGUUCAAAAGCAGCCAUGAAGCUUUCGGAAUUUCUAAGAUACCCAAUAAAAGUUCAAAGAUGUGCGGGCAGAGUUGUGCAGCAAGAAUUAGUAGUUCAAGUUGAUCAGAGGGAUAUAGUUCCUGGUGACAUCGUGAUUUUUGAAGCUGGGGACCUCUUUCCCGGAGAUGUCAGAUUGUUAUCUUCCAAAAAUCUUGUUGUAAGCCAGUCCUCACUAACUGGGGAAUCUUGGACGACUGAUAAAACUGCCGAUGUCAGAGAAAGUCUAAGCACUCCUUUGCUAGAAUUAAAAAACAUUUGCUUCAUGGGCACAAACGUGGUAUCUGGAAAUGGGACUGGCCUAGUUAUAUCUACCGGAUCUUAUACAUACAUGAACACCAUGUUCUCAAAGAUUGGGAAGAAGAAGCCACCAGAUGAAUUUGAAUAUGGUCUACGCUGGAUAUUUUAUGUGCUUAUGUCUAUUAUGCUAGUGGUCGUGACAGUCAUAUUUAUAGCAGAUUACUCUACAUCAAAUAAUUUGAGCACAAGUAUUCUUUUUGCCAUCUCUGUGGCAUCUGCCCUCACUCCUCAAAUGCUCCCCCUCAUCGUCAACACUUGCCUUGCAAAAGGAGCACUCGCCAUGGCUCGAGACCGAUGUAUAGUCAAAAGCUUAGCAUCAAUACGCAACAUGGGAUCCAUGGAUAUCCUAUGUAUUGACAAGACAGGUACACUGACAAUGAACCGCGCCAUUAUGGUAAAUCAUCUUGACUGCCAGGGAAUAACGCAGGAGAAAGUUCUACGCUUUGCAUUCUUCAAUUCUUACUUCAAGACAGAUCAGAAGUAUCCUCUGGAUGAUGCCAUAUUGGCUUUUGUAUAUUCAAAUGGAUUCAGAUUUCAGCCCUCAAAAUGGAGGAAAAUAGAUGAGAUCCCUUUUGAUUUCAUACGUAGAAGAGUAUCCGUCAUUGUAGAAACAGAGUCGCGUAUUGAAGACGGACAGUCUCAGUUAUCUGGCAGGUUUAUGGUAACUAAAGGGGCAUUGGAGGAAGUAAUGAGAGUUUGUUCUUUCAUUGAGAACUUCAAUAGCAACGAAGUUUCCAAGUUCUCUGCAGACGAUUAUAACAGAAUUUUAUCCUUGGCGGAAGGAUUGAGCGAUGAAGGAUUAAGAAUUAUAGGAGUAGCUAUAAAGAAGCUAGAAAUGCAAACGGGCGAAACGAGUACCGGAAGUAAGAGCAGCGAAGAAAAUGUUGAGACGGACAUGGUUUUCCUUGGUGUCAUAACGUUCUAUGACCCUCCCAAGGACUCGGCAGAACAAGCACUGUGGCGCUUAGCAGAGAAAGGAGUCAAAGCAAAAGUUUUGACUGGUGACUCACUUUCCUUAGCCAAGAGGGUAUGCAGGGAAGUAGGCAUCAGAACUACCCAUGUAAUCACAGGGCCUGAGCUAGACAGGCUAGACCAAGAAACUUUCCAUGAGACCGUCAAAAGGGCCACAGUCUUAGCUAGGCUAACCCCGAUUCAGAAACUGCGUGUAGUCCAGUCCCUACAGACAAUGGGAAACCACGUUGUUGGGUUCCUGGGAGAUGGUAUUAACGACUCACUUGCCCUUGAUGCCGCCAAUGUAAGCAUCUCAGUGGACUCAGGUGUAGCGAUUGCCAAGGACAUGGCAGAUAUUAUACUGCUUGAGAAAGAUCUUAAUGUUCUUGUGGCAGGAGUAGAACACGGUAGACUCACUUUUGGAAACACAAUGAAAUACAUCAAAACAUCAGUUAUUGCUAACAUAGGAAGUGUGCUUUCGCUGCUCAUAGCAACCUUGGUGCUUAAAUUUGAGCCUGUGACUUCAAGGCAGCUUCUUACUCAGAAUUUCCUGUAUAGUGUAGGACAGAUCGCUAUUCCAUGGGAUAAGAUGGAGGAAGAUUAUGUGAAGACUCCUAAGAAAUGGUCAGAAAGAGCAUUGCCUAUGUUCAUAUUGUGGAAUAAUCCUGUGUGCACUGUAUGUGAUGUUGGGACUCUUUUGUUUAUUUUUUUCUACUACAAGGCUUUUGGGGAUCAAAAGUUUUGCCAUUCAGCUUGGUUUGUUGAGGGGUUGCUGAUGCAGACUCUGAUUAUCCACUUGAUACGCACUGAGAAAAUUCCAUUUGUACAGGACAUAGCUUCGUGGCCUGUGAUUUGUUCCACCGUUGUGAUUUCCUCCAUUGGAAUUGCUCUUCCAUUCACACCCAUUGGAGAAGUCAUGGGACUCACUGGUCUACCUCUGUCGUAUUUUGGGUUUUUGGUUGUUCUUUAUCUGGUUUAUUUCAUAAUUGGCCAGGUGGUCAAGAGAAUUUACAUAUUGGUUUAUAAAAGAUGGCUUUGACUAUCAACAUUGGAUCUCCCAUUGCUAUUCUGUGUGAUGUUUCCACAGAAUAUCGUUGGAGGGGGGG